AUGAGAGCUGUCAGACCGAUAUACAAUCGUCUGCAAACAGCCAGACUUCUGCACCCAUCGUCCACGCGCCUUUUCACCGCCUCGAGAUGCAGUGUUGCUCUUCAGCAGCGAAAAUGGCAAACAUCUGCCGCCCGCUCUCCCGCAAAUCUACACGCGUCGACCACUCAACGUGCCCACCAUAGUAACGCAUUCGUAAAAACUAGCGUCAAUGCUGGCGAGACAACUAUCUAUGCUCUCUCCACUGCCCCAGGCAGAGCGGCCAUAGCGGUUAUCAGAAUCUCAGGACCAGCAUGUGUUGAGAUAUACCACCGCCUCUGCCCCUCCAAACCUCUCCCCGAACCCCGCCUCGCCGCCCUCCGCACCCUCACCGACCCCACCCAACCCCCUUCCGCAGACACCAUCCUCGAUUCCAACGCACUGGUGCUCUACUUCCCCUCCCCCCGCACCGCCACAGGCGAAGACAUCCUCGAGCUACACGUCCACGGCGGUCCCGCAGUCGUGAAAGCCGUGCUCGCAGCCCUACCGUGCUGCCCUACCUCCCGAGGUCGAAUCCGCUACGCCGAGCCCGGCGAGUUCACGCGGCGGGCUUUUCUCAAUGGCCGGUUGGACCUGACGCAGGUCGAGGCGCUGGGAGAUACACUGUCCGCUACGACCGAGCAGCAGCGACGGUUGUCCGUCAGAGGGACGACGAGUGCGCUUGCGAGGCGGUAUGAGACCUGGCGGGCCCAGCUGCUCUACGCGCGGGGGGAGCUGGAGGCGCUGAUUGAUUUCUCCGAGGAUCAGCACUUCGACGAGGCCCCUGACGUGUUGGCCGCGUCGGUCGCUGCGCAGGUCAGUAGACUGAGGAAGCAACUCGAGGCCCAUCGCGUCAAUGCUGUGAGGGGGGAGCUACUGAGGGAGGGGAUCGAUGUUGCGUUGCUGGGCGCGCCGAACGCGGGGAAGAGCUCGUUGCUGAAUAGGAUUGUGGGGAGGGAGGCGGCGAUUGUGAGUCAUGAGGCUGGUACCACUAGGGAUGUUGUUGAGGUUGGUGUUGAUAUUGGAGGGUGGUACUGUAGGCUUGGUGAUAUGGCGGGGUUGAGGAAGAGCGCAGUGGCUGGGGUGCGAGAUGCGAACGGUGCGGUGGGGAAUGAGGCGGCGUCUGGCGUUGUUGGCGCGGUCGAGCAGGAAGGCAUUCGACGCGCUAAGCAGCGGGCGCUGGAGUCUGAUGUUGUGAUUGUCAUGACAUCUGUCGAGAGCAUUGUGUCGGGCCAGUCAGCUUCCUUGGUCGUGGACCCAGAAGUCCAGGAGACUGCAAGAGAAUGCUACGAAAACGGUGCUGCUCUACUUGUUGUCGUCAAUAAAAUAGACAAGAUCCCAAAGGGCUUCGAAGCUGACACCCUGGUCCAACCAUGGAAGCAUGCCAUUCAGCGCAAAUUCCCACUUGACCAGGAGGAACAGGUCUUCUUCGUAUCCUGCAAAGAGGCGUUUGCCCCUUCAUCGGACACUGCGGACCCGGGCAACAUACAACAGUUUCUCAAAGGACUUAUCAGUGUCUUCGCUAGAAUCACCUCAGCCAUUAUUCCGGAUCUCGAAGACGCUGCACCCGACCCAUCGAUGUGGCAAGAGUCUCUCGGUGCGACCGAACGCCAUCGUCUACUACUAGAAGACUGCAUAUUCCAUCUCGACAGUUUCCUUGCCGAAGUCCAGCCAAGCUUAGAAUUCCCUGAGCGCAGUUCAGAAGGUGAUCUCGAUGUGGUGGUGGCAGCCGAGAGCCUAAGGGCUGCGGCAGAUUGCCUUGCCAAGAUCACAGGAAAGGGACAAGUCGGGGAUGUGGAGGAGGUGCUUGGUGUGGUUUUUGAGAAGUAA